AUGAAUACCAUCUUAACAUCUGAGGGAGAGGAAAUGAAAGCUAUUCCAUCAGGUCUUAAACCACCGUCUAGCUUCUAUCCCAUCCACCAUAAGGAUUGGUUUGUGCUGAAAAUGGCAAACAGAUGCCGAUGUAUGAAGAAUGUCAUGACUAUCACAAAGAUGUUUUCUAUCCUAAGAAAAAGAGAAGAAGAUGAGGGGGCAGCUGAAGAGCGCCGUGAAAUACAUCUGGCGGUGACAAUGGAUAACCCUGAAUAUUUAUCAAGUCUACUUUCAGAAGACAAAUAUAAGAAAUUGGUCAACAGUGGUUGGUGUGUUCCAGUGACCCCUCUUCACUUGGCUGCCUCCAAAGGCUCUCUAGAAUGCUUAAAGAUUCUCCUUGCUAAUGGGGUAGAUGUGGACAUCUUGGAUCUGAAAGCCCAAACCCCAUUAUUCACUGCAGUUAGUGGUGGCCAUUUUGACUGUGUCAGAGAAUUACUCAAAGCUGGAGCUUGUCCUUCAGGAAGCAUUUAUAACAACUGUACUCCAGUACUGAAUGCUGCCAGGGAAGGCAAUACUAGUAUCUUACGAGAACUGUUAGAUUAUGGCGCAGAAACAAAUGUCAAAUGCAAGUUACCCAACUGGACUACAAAUAUUGCAACAACUACAGGACCAUUGUACCUCUCAGCUGUCUAUGGGCAAUUGGAGUGUUUUAGAAUCCUGCUUCUUUAUGGGGCUGACCCAGACUACAACUGCACUGAUGAGAAACUUCUGAAAAGGAUAAAAUGCCCUAAAACAGUACUAGAUGUGUGCCUCAAGCAUGGAUGUAGGACAUCAUUUGUGAAAUUACUUGUUGAUUUUGGAGCCAAUGUCUAUUUGCCUGAUAUCCAUACUUCUAAGUCAUUCCCCAAUCAUGAGGCAAUGGAACUUCUGGCAACAGAAAAAGUUCAUCCAAGAUCCCUGAUGUCUCAGUGUCGUAUCACUAUAAGAAGGUUGAUGAAACAAGUGGGGAAACUUGGUCUCAUUGGUCGGCUAGAAGUCCCUGAUGUACUUCUGAGAUACUUACAGUACCAUGAUGAGCUGGAUUACCAAGAGAAGCUGCCACGACAUAAAGAAGAAUAUACUAAGGUUUCCACCCCUUCGCAGAUGCUACUUAUCAUCAGCCAACUGGCUCUUUAUAUGUUCCGCCUCUCACUUGUUUCCCUGCGGCUGAUAGCUCUUCUGUGGAGUGCUCUGCUUGUGUGGUGCUUCUCCUGUUCCAGUUACAUCUCAAGCUAAGUCCUUUCUCUUUUCUUGUUGUGUCUGACUAGGCCUCAGGGAGACACUAGCUCCUUCAGUUUAGAAGAAGCCGGUUGCCUCUUUCUCUGUUCCCUAAGCUGAGGAUUUGGUGCAGUGUUUCAGCAGUCUCAGGUUCCUGUGCAUGUGUAUUUCUACCUUUGAGAUUUGCAUAUGUUGUUAGCAGCUUAGGGAGAGUAUCAGGGAAUGCUAGGAGGUGACCUCUUUAUUCCAUAGGUUUGGGGCCUAGUCUGUUGUUGUUUAGUUGUGGUUACCUUUGGUUUUCUUUCCUUCCCCGUACUUCCUGUGACAAUUUCAGUCCAUAAAUUGUGGAUCCACAAAACACGGAUAUUGUCUGUGAGUGUUCCGCAAUUCGCGGAAUGGAAUGUCCUGGCCCCUAUUGAACUGUCCUAUCCUUGUCCAUAAAAUGGACAAGAAUAGGAUAUGUUCUAUCGUUUUGCAGGGCUGUGGAAAGGACAGCACAUCUUUCAAUAUAUCCCUGCUCCAAGGCACAAUAUGUUCAUGUGCACCUGUCUGACUAAUGUGCUUGUUUCAGUCUGCUAUAUUCACGAGUUCUGUGUCAGUGAUGGAUUUGUCUCUUGAAUGUUAUGACCUGCCUAGCUUUUGCAUUCAUGUCAUUCUUUUCUGUUGUACCAUGUUUUGCCUUGAUCUGUUUGUAAUCUGUCCUUGUUUUAGUCAUUGCCCAAGUCAUCAGAGUUCCUGAGUCUGAGGGUCAGCUGUCACGUUACAGGACCAUUCUAGGAGGUAGUGGACUGGUUGCUAACCUGCAGGGAUGUCACAUCCCUGUAUAGGUGUUAAAGGGUGACUACUGGGGAGGCGCCAGAAUAAUGCCCUUACGGUUUGGCCAAAAAGUCAAACUGGUUACUUGCCAUAGUGGACCCACAAAAAUUGUCUAUAUGCAUAAUCCGUAACUGCAUAAUAGUUAUUGCUCAUUGCUGCUCCUGCCCGUGCUCCCUGGAGUAUUACUAACUGCUGGCAUAGCACAUGAGUACCCUGUACCCAUCUACUAUGCCAAGAUUAGCUGAGCGGAGUGGGCUCCUGCUUUUGCCUGCACUGCUCAGCUAAGAAAGCUGACAAGCGGUGGCUGUGCUUGCACACUAUAGAAAAAAGCACCUGCCUCUCUGCUGGCCGGGACCGUUGGAGCUCACAUAGGCUAGUGCUUUUUCAUAUAGUGUGCAAGCAUGACCACCACUGAUGGAUUGCAGGGUGGUGGUAAUCAUGGAUACGAGCAGUGUAUAAUGUGAUGGAAAAAUGAAUCCAGUCAGCAAAUGAAGCAAUAUGGAUAAUAACAAUAUUUUAGUAACUGGCUUGUAUUAACUUUCUCUACAUUAUUAUCAAUAAAAUAAGACUUGAGCUUUAAUAUGUGUUUAUAAGGUCAGAGAUCAGAGAUAAGGAGCCAUCAGCUGAGCUGCCUGACAGAACGCAGUAAAAACAGAGAGCAUGCUACUGGAGAAUCUCAAGACUAUACAGAAAAAGAGUCUUAACAUAUUUAAUAAAGACCAAUUGAUAAAAAUGAUUUUUAGCUCUAAAUGAGUACAAUACAAUAAUUGACCCAAAGGUAUCUAUGGCUUUUAAGUAUUGUGUUUUAUCAACAGAAGUCAUGGUGGUACUCCUAUGCAGUUACAUAUAUGUCAUUGACUCCCAGUAGGCUUCGUUCACAUCACAUGUAAACCAUACAGUAUAUACAUUUUUCUUCUUUUUUCACAUAUGUAUUUUCAAUUAUGUUAAGACAUAGGUGCAUCAAUGUUUACUAUCCAAGUGUAUGCUAAUAGGACACCCUUAUGUCACGUUUGCCUAAUGGGCAUGUUAGAGGUAUAUGUGUAGAUUUCUGAGCACAUGAGCCAAACAUGGAGGAAAUUUAGUCUAAGACGCAAUAAAGGCAUAGAUUAUCUGUAAUAGAACAAGAUGCUACUUCCCACUCCACAUACUCCUACCUAGGUCAAUAUGUCUUCCUCCCUUAUUUUACUUUUCGUUCCCCUCCAGUUAACAUCACUAUGUAAAUGUAUCU